AAAAAUUAACACAUAAACAAAAAUUUUUUUUUAUUUCUAAACAAACUCACUUUAGUUAUUAGAGGACCUUAAUAUAAUAUUCAAUUAUCUCCUCUCCUGAUGAUCAAUGAAUAAUUUUUUAUUUAUGAGCAAAUUUUCGGGACGCUCUUUUUUAAUUUGUAUUAACAGAUUACGAAUAUUAAAUAAUGUUUUGACAAUUUUCUGUAAAUUAAUUUAUUACUCGACGUCACUUCAAGUUAUUUUAAAUGACUGUAUAAUGUGAAUUUAUCCAAUCGUGUUCGUAAGUACAGUCAAUCAAUCAUCUAAUUCCUGGACGUAUCCUUUUAUGUGGGUUUCUAACUUUUCUUUAAAUAUGAAUAAUAUAAGAUUAAAUUGUCUUUG